AUGGUUUUGGACCAGCGAGCCAGCAGCACAGAACAGCAGCUUGAUGCUUCUGUAAACACAGUUAAAAAGAUUGGCAACAGCAUGGGACGAUUUGCCAAUGCCACCUUGGUGCGUCUGUCCGAGUUCCUGAGCGCUGGGUACAAGAAAGGCGUUCGACCCGUGAAGGACUGGCGCGACUCCACCUCGGUGGCGAUCGACCUCAUGAUUUACUCCAUUCUCAACGUGGAUGAAAAGAACCAGGUGUUGACAACGUACAUCUGGUACAGGCAGGCAUGGACUGAUGAAUUCAUGGUCUGGAACCCAGAGGACUUUGAUGAGGUGAAACAAGUCUCUAUUCCAACUGCCAAUGUGUGGGUGCCGGACAUACUGAUCAACGAGUUCGUAGACGUGGGCAAGUCCCCGGAUAUUCCCUACGUCUACGUGACCCACGAGGGCCUGGUGAGCAACUACAAGCCCAUCCAGGUGGUCACCGCCUGCACCCUCAACAUCUACAACUUCCCCUUCGACGUCCAGAACUGCAGCCUGACCUUCCAGAGCUGGCUCCAUACCAUCAAAGACAUCAACAUCACACUAAUGCGGAGCCCCCAGGAGCUGAAGGAAGACCACAGCCUGUUCAUGAACCAGGGCGAGUGGGAGCUGCUCCACGUGCUGUCCGCCUACAAGUCCUUCAGCCUGGACAACGACGACUACUACGCCGAAAUGAAGUUCCACGUGGUGAUCCGGAGGCGGCCGCUCUUCUACACGGUGAACCUGCUGCUGCCCAGCAUCUUCCUGAUGGUGAUGGACAUCGUGGGCUUCUACCUGCCCCCCGACAGCGGGGAGAGGGUCUCCUUUAAGGUGACGCUGCUGCUGGGCUACUCCGUCUUCCUCAUCAUCGUGUCUGACACGCUGCCCGCCACCGCCAUCGGAACCCCCCUCAUAGGCGUGUACUUCGUGGUGUGCAUGGCGCUGCUGGUGAUCAGCCUGGCCGAGACCAUCAUCAUCGUGCGCCUCGUGCACAAGCAGGACCUGCAGCGGCCCGCUCCCGACUGGCUGAAGCGGCUGGUGCUGGAGAAAGCCCCCGUCCUCUUCUGCAUCCACACCAAGCACCGCCUGUGCUCCAUGCUGUCCACGCACUCCUCCUCCUCGUCCUCGUCCUCGUCCUCCUCCUCCCAGGCCGCCUCCGACCUGGAGCGCUUCAAGGAGCCCGGCUAUGGGAGAGGUGAGCCCGUCCCGCCGGUGGUGGACAACAUCCUGCAGGAGGUGACCUCCAUACGCCACUUCCUGGAGAAGAGGGACAAAUGCCGGGAGGUCGCCAAGGAGUGGCUGCAGAUCGGCUACGUGCUGGACGUGCUGCUGUUCCGGGUCUACUUGGUUGCCAUGGUGGCGUACAGCAUCACGCUCGGCACCCUGUGGUCGGUGUGGCAGAUCGUCUGA